AUGCCACCCAAAGACUCAUCUUCUAAUAUCCCCACUCAGCUCACCGCAGCUAUCAAGAAAGUGCGGGAUGCUUUAGAAAAAGAUAAGGAACCAGGGUGGAUUGACAGAGUGCAGGCUUGGGCUGCAGGAAAGAAGAAGCUGGAAGCUCUAUUGCUUGACCCGAAAUUCUCUUACACCGUCUUUCACGAAUACCUCAUCUGGGCCGAUGAAAAUCUCCUGAGUCUGGUGACAACUCCUUCAGCUCCCCAAUUCUUCUCCUUUUUCUACACAUUACUCGAUCACCUCUAUAUCAGACAUGUAAAACCUAUUGUGGACGAUGGCAGUGGUACCACUCCUAUCACGAAGAUUAAUGAGACAAUGGAGAAGGAAGAUACACCGACAGGGAUGAUAGUCAGGGUGGGAAAGCUCACUUCCCACAUUAUGGAAGACAUCCUGCAACUAUACUCCGACGAUCAUACUGGAACUCACGCUGACAAGCUUCAUACAAAGCAAUGGAUUCAACUUGUCACGGAUCUUCUCCUCGUCUGUAUGACUACUGGAAUGGGAGAGGACAUACUCCAAAGUAGCCUCUGCGAACUCCUCUUUACUAUUGCUUCCGAUACUGAUCAUAACCAAGGGAAAGCUAUACUGCAAGAUCCCUCAGUCCUAGGAUUUGGAAAAUUAGGUUCCUUUCUGUUUCGAAGCGAAGGUGAGAAUGUGCCUUGGUAUCACGGACGAGUGUUAUUCGAAGCUAAACCCUCACACCCUUCAGCUACCGGUACAUCCAUCUGGCUGCUUCGCAUUAUUGCUGCACUGCUUCCUCGCUUCACAGGUGGUGAGAACUUGGAAAGGACCAAAGCUAUUCAACGAAUUGUAACGAGUCAACAGUGGGACAAGAGUAUUGUUAAGGAGGCGUUCGCUGCAAUAGGAAGGAUGACGCCUACUUCCAAGCCAUUUGAAAUCAUGAACAUCGUCAAUAUACUGAUGAAAGAUACUACUCAUACUAGACCAAAAGGAUUUCAAGUGACUUCUUUCACUGUGGAUGGGGUCAACCAAUUAACCUCCAACAAAUCUCAGCGAUACCUCAACCAAGGUCAGAUCAUCAUUUACCUUGAUGAUUGGGGUCUGGUAUGCAAGGCUUUCGAUCAGCAAGAUUCUGAACAAGAUAUGGCUUUUCGAAUUCAUAGAAUUCUCCAAUUGGUCCGUUCGGGUGGAUCUGGGUUCGAUUUCACUUAUCAGAAAGAAACGGGUGAUGGACAUCUGCGAGUUCACCUUAGCAUUGUGCCUGAACAAGCCCAAGAAUUUUAUGGACUCGUCGUUACGAAAGCUGUGAAGGAUAUCACCCCCUACAAGGUUCUUGUUGGCGACUCGAAUAUCGAUAUCAAUGAUGCUCUCUCAAACGUCCCGCAAAUCGACGACGCGGAUGUACAAGCUGCCAUUGAAAAUCUCAACAGCUCAUGCCCGAACGUACUCACCCAAACUAUUGAAGACGCCUUUACUUCCGUAGCAGAAGAACGACCCAGAUGGAAAGCUGCAACCGUUGCGGCUUCUCAUGUAUCUCAGCAGAUAACAUCACAAGUAUCAGUCAAGGACGCUGAUUCAUCAGUCAAUACCACCGGAGAGGAAAUCGAGAGUCAAGCUGAUUAUGUCGAGGUGGAACGAGAGGAGGAAAGGAAGGAUGGCGAAGCUGGAGGCGACGAUGAAGGACAGGACCUUCCGCCGCUUUCCCAACAGAUUGCGAUGAAGCCUGUCAAUGCCACGACUCGCUCGGCUAAGAAGUUCGGUAAAUCUACAGCUAGUGGUACUCGCCCCUUCAUCAAAUCUAAAACUAACAUGGACAAUGACUCCGAUGUGUCAGAAGCGGAAACGGCAUCUUAUCAGAAACACCCACCGAAUGGGACUUCAAAGUCAUCUGAGCCUCUUCUCAAGACGGUUCUCAAUAAGGCUUCUGCGUCUCAAAGAGGUGGAGGAUUCAAGGUGCCCACACCCAGGUCGUCAGCUGUGACUGCUACUCUCCACGAUCAGAUACAGAAAGGAUUAUCCACCACACCUGCAACUAUCAGGACUGCUAAGGCGACUACAACUACAAGCAAUGCCACUUCUCAAAGGAAGGGUGGCCAAGAUGACAAGCGAACCCGUAAAGCAGAAAAUUCGCCCAGAACCCGAUCUGCCGCUUCCAAAGCUUCUGUGCCAUCUGGUUCUCCCCGUAAACCACAAGCGAAGAGGAGAUCCCAGUUUCAGGAAGAGCUGGACAAUGAUGAAGACGAAGCUCCGGAGGAACACGCUCCUUUACCGUGGGAAGUCCGGGACAAUCAAUCACUCUCCAAGGUUACCACGAGAAAGCAAAGGUUAUCCGACAUGAAAGGCAAGUCGGUGGCAUCUAAAUUGACACCUCCCCCUGCUCCUCCACCAUCCCCACCGCUGCCUGGAUCAAGUCCGCCUCAGCAAGACAUACCCAUGAACGAAGAGGACACCCGUCCAGUUUUAUUAGAUACUGUCGAAAAAGCUGUUUUCGCUGUUCAUCCCAGUACAAGAUCGUAUAUCGAUAAUGCCAAGAGAGUCACGAUUGAUCGCCCUUCACAAGAUCUCGGUACAUCCAAUGUCGAUGCUGCUGCUCAAGUUGGUUCCAGCCUGGCCAAUAAUUUUGAAGCUUUGAAACCGACUUCCAAUGCGGUUGACCAAUCAAGCUCCAUCAGAGUGCAGCAUGCUAAAACAUCAGGUGCUGGGAACGGCACAGAUGGGGCAAGUAGGGCAGAACAGACCACUGCUGACGAACCAAUUGUCAAUACCAAGAUCGGUUCCGCUAGGCUCAAGGGGAAGUCAGCUGCCGUAUCAAAAGUACCUCCUGAUCAAGCCGCAUCAUCCUCCCGACUUGAAAGACGCCAAGAACAGCUUAGUCCGGCUUCGAAAGAUGAAGACUCGCCAGAUGAAUCACCCGAAUCAACAACACGACCUACAAUUACUCGGAAAUUCGUUGAAGCUCUGUUUGAGCAGUUGCGUCAAGAUGAAGAGGAAGGGGAAAUGAGAAUCAAGAAAAAAGCUAGAAUCGCUUUAUUACCUUCUUUGUCGGCAGAGGAAGAAGAUAUACAACCUGCCAAACCUCAAUUCCCCUCCAAGUCUAGGUCCAUCAGGGACAAUGGCCAUGAACAACGAAAAGGAAAGACGAGGAAGUCAGAUGAAAGCACACUCAGCAACAGCAACGAAGAGAGUAAGUGGGUCAGGAGAAGAAGUAAUAGUGCGGAGGUCAAGGCUGUAAGUGAGGGUGAGAGGAUGGAGUUGAAGGUGACGAGUGAGGUGGAGCAGCUAAUGACCAAAGGUGCCAAGAGACGUUUGGAAUCACCGAUGAAACAAGUUCGAUUGGCUGGUGGACAAUUCAGUAAAUUGGCCACCAAGUUAAUUGAUCAUUUGCAUAACGAGAGUAAAAACCACUUGAAAGGGUUUCACGAGAGGUGUAAAGCUACAAAAGAGAAGUACGAUGCAAUUACCAAGAACGAAGUAGGAAGUGUGUGGGAUGAGUGUAAGGGUAUCAAUGAAGAGAUGGAUGGGUUGAUGAGGGUUGAUCGAGAGAGAUGGGGUUUGAAAGAUGUAUUGUUCGAGUGA